AUCGCAAUGACCGGUUAGAACUUAAGUGCUGCCAGCCGCACCUAAGCGUUGGUCUCUUUUCGUCCCCUGCUCGUUGUUUCUCCUCCAGCUUCUCUCUGAAGAAAUCUGAUCCCGGAACCAGAAGUAGGAACUUCCUGAGCUUGCAGACAGAGAAAUAUGGUUAUUCCACCGCCAGUUAAGUGGCCACCUAGAGUUAGAGAGUUUCUGAAACCUUAUAUCCUGAAGAUGCAUUUCACAAACAAAUUUGUGAGUGCCCAAGUUAUCCACUCGCCAUCUGCCACAGUGGCAUGUUCUGCAAGCUCACAAGAGAAGGCCUUAAGGUCAAGCAUGGAGAAUACUCGAGAUGUAGCUGCUGCAGCCAAAAUUGGGAAAAUACUCGGGGAGCGGCUGCUGCUCAAGGACAUACCUGCUGUUUCCAUUUUCCUGAAAAGAGAACAGAGGUAUCAUGGAAAGGUGAAAGCUGUGAUUGAUUCUGUGAGAGAAGCUGGUGUCAAACUCCUAUGAAUUGUUGUUCUAAAGAAUUCUACUCUGUCCUGAAUAGAUUACUUGCAGAGAUGAACAUUUCUACUUUUUUCUUGGUCAUGUCAUGGCAAUAAAAAAGAUUGUAUGUUGAUGGAUA